AAGCCUUCUAUCCUUCUCCUUUCUUCGAAAGAGAGAGCUAGAAAGUUAUCUCCUCGGAGCAAUCUGCUAGGGUUUUACUUCUUCCCUUUGAGUUUCGUGUUUCCCUUCCCUUCUUCUUCUCUCCUUCUUCCUCGUUUCUUUGAAACUCUUAUCGAUCCGGUCGCUGGAAAUCUCAACCCCAAUAUCAUCUGCCACUCGUUGCGAUCGACAUUUUUCUCAUUUUACUUCUCGCGUCGCCGGUAAAUUCGCCGACUCGACGUCGCUUACGAAAGUCUUAUAUCGACGGAAACCUUGGUUGUGGGAAUCGGGGAAUCCGCGCCUCUCUUUGCCCCCCCCUUUCCGCCGUUCGUUGGGUCGCCGCUGGUUUUCCACACCUGAAGCCCGUGAGUUUCUUGCACUUGAAGCGUGGCAACCCUAAUUUUAGCGAAUUCCCGGAAUCCUCGUGAUCUUUAACGACAGUUUCUAGUUUUCUCUUUUCUUUCUUGGCGUUGCCGGAUUGGGAAUUCCGGUUGCUUUUACGUUCAGGCUUUCUCUCACAUUUUUGCGGACAAGGGAGGGAUUCUAGCUUACGUAAGAGUCGAUUUCUGAUCUGAAGUUCAGUUGCGGGAGAGGUUGGAACCUUGGCGUGCUCGUUUUGAAGGAUUGAGGAGCGUAACCGUCACCUUUUUUCGGUUUUUGAUUGUCUAGAGCCUUCGUCUUUGAUUGGAUCAUCGGCUUUGAGAAAUUUGAGAAGUUUAGGUGCCGCGGCGUUGAAGAAGAUUCCGAGGGGAUCAAAUAGACUCCCAUCCAUUUGAAUUUUAGCCUGCUUGAAGAUCGGAGGAGGGAUUGGCCGUAUUUCUGGCGUAUAGAAGGGAAUCCAGUUCGCAGAUUUUGCUGAGGCCUUCUUUUUCCUGAAACUGUCGCCCUUUGUAGAAUUAAGGUUCGUUUUUCGGACUUGGGUUUUCAGAGAUCCUAGUUUCUUACAAGGUCUAGACGUGGCUUUCUAUCCGGAGCUUGAAUUCUGGUGUAGCUUCCGUUAGAAUGGUUGGAGGAGCAAGCAGGAGGGACGAUGGGCCCUUGGGGAUAAACAGAUCGAAUGGAUUUGCAGCACUUGAGAGCCUCCGCAGGAAGAAGAAAUCUGACAAGAGUUCAUCGAAGAACAAGGGCUCGAAGACUCCGGCAAAAGAAGCAGAGCCUCAGGUUUUUUGGGCUCCUGCACCGCUGACCGUUAAAUCGUGGGCUGACGUCGAUGAUGACGAUGAUUACUAUGCUACAACAGCUCCACCUCAGUCAGUCUGGGGUGCGCCCGAGCAGCAGCAGACCAAGGAUACCUCAAGCGUUGCCGAGGAAAGUGAAACUGAAGAUGAUAUGCUGGAUGAGGGUGAUGAUAUUGAUGAGGAUGAGCAUGAACAUGAACACGAACAUGAUGUGCCUCCUCCAGUUGAACCAGAGGUGAAGAAACCACUUCAACCUGCUGUGGCUCCUAAGGAGACUGAACGACAGCUCUCAAAGAAGGAACUGAAGAAGAAGGAGUUGGCAGAACUUGAGGCCGUUUUAGCUGAGCUGGGUCUUAAUAAGCCAAGUGAGAAAGAAGAAUCACAAGGAGGUGAAGUAGAGAAAAAGGGGGAGGAGGUGAAUGGAACUGCAGAAAAGAAAGAGGGUUGUUCUACACAAGCUGAGAGCAAAAGUGCCAAAAAGAAGAAGGCAAAGAAGGAAAAGGCAGCCAAAGAAGCAAAAGAUCCUCAGGAGCAGAUGAAUGGUUCUCAUGUUGAUGGCCCUGAGGAAGUUGCAGAGAAUGAACUAGCUGAAGAAGGUACCCCACAGAUUGACAUGAAAGAGCGGCUGAAGAAAGUAGCUUCUUCAAAGAAGAAAAAAUCUGGCAAAGAGUUGGAUGGUGCUGCCAAAGCAGCUGCAAUUGAGGCUGCUGCUCGAAGUGCCAAGCUUGCUGCUGCAAAGAAGAAAGAGAAGGCUCAUUAUAAUCAACAGCCUGUGCGGUAAGUUCCUUCUGUGUUUGUCUCUUGUGCAGGUGGGAAUUCCUUAGUUCGUUUGGUGCAUCAGGAAUAAAGCCACCGGCCGUGGUCUCACAACGAUGAUCUUCUUGUUGUUCUGUCUUUUUGUUUGAAAAAGCUUCCUUUGGCAUCUCAAUCUUCUGUAGCAGAGCCAGAUAUUCCCUUAGCUUCAUGCGAACACUGAUUGCUCUCUGAGACUGUUUAAAUAGUUCAAUCUUUUCUUUUGUAUA